AUGGUAAACUUCAUCAAGGCUAGACCAUUAAAGUGUAGACUUUUUGAAAAAAUAUGUCUGGAAAUGGGUGCAGAUCAUGUCUCACUAUUAUUACAUACAGAUGUAAGGUGGUUGUCUCGAGGACGUGUGCUAAACCGAGUUCUUGAACUCAAAGAACAAUUAAUUGCCUUCUUCACCAGUGAAAAACAGGACACAUUUUAUAAGCUGCUUCAAAAUUAUGAUUGGUGCUUGAAACUUUCAUACUUGGCAGAUAUUUUUAACAAACUUAACGAACUUAAUCUUUCCAUGCAAGGACGACUAGAAACAAUAGUUUCGUCAACUAACAAAAUGAAAGGUUUCAGGCGCAAACUAAGUUCUUGGGAGUCUGCCGUUCAAAAGGGGGAUAUGGAAAACUUUCCCUCUCUUCUUCAUCUCGCAAAAGAUAAUGAGUUAAGAAUUCCGAAAACCCUCAUUCUGAACCACUUGGUAACACUGCAAGAUGCAGUGGAUAAGUACUUUCCAUCUCUUUCUACCAAUAAUCUUGAUUGGAUUGUAUCACCAUUUCAAUUGGCAGAUAAUGUGGAGGAACUAGAUUUCACAGCUAGUGAAAGAGACGAAUUCAUUGAUCUGUGUGCUGAUUCCACACUCAACGUUAAAUUUGACAAGAGUCAGACAUCAGUGGCUGUUUUCUGGCUUGGACUGGCGGAUGAGUAUCCUGACUUGGUGAAAAAAGCCACAAAUCUACUUUUGCCCUUCUCCACUUCGUAUUUGUGCGAACAAGCAUUUUCAGCUAUGGCAACAAUAAAAUCCAAAGCAAGAAAUAGACUCCUUAGUCUUGAGAGUGAUAUGCGUGUUGCGCUGUCAGCUAUUAGGCCUGACAUCAAACGACUGUGUUCUAAUCAUCAAUCACAAGUUUCGCAUUAA